AUGGGUUUCAUAAAAUUCUCAGGUUCAUCUCUCUUUCUCUUCCUAGUGUUUUCUCUCCUUUUGGUUAACUCCAUGAGUGACAAUGAUGACUACGACGACGAUGACUCCGCUUCCAUGGCCAAGCUUGCGGCGGCUCUUUGUCCUUUGCCGUGGACUUGGUCCACCAAUUCAUCUUCUUCUUAUUGUGAAUGGCAUUAUGUCAAAUGCGACAGGUCCAAGCACGUUCUAGAGAUUGAUCUCCAAGCCAGGACUCUCAGUGGUUCUUUGCCAUCCCAAUUCCCUCCUUUCCCUUUCCUUCAAGUCCUUGAUCUUUCAAGGAAUAAGUUAACUGGUUCUCUUCCUUCUUUAAACAAACUCCCUUUCUUGAAGAGACUUUACCUAAAUAUCAACAACUUCACAAGAAUCCCACCAGGCUUUUUUCAAGGACUGUCUAGCAGUUUGCAGCUCUUGAUGCUUGGUGGUAAUCCCUUUCUAAGCACCUGGAUGAUACCCCUUGAAUUUACAAAGUUGGGCAAUCUGACAGCAUUCUCUGCUUAUAAUACGAAUUUGGGAGGUUCUAUUCCAGACAUUUUCCAUUCUCUAGCUUUAACAAAUCUGAGCCUUCAUGACAAUAACCUGACUGGAUCUUUGCCACCCUCUUUUUCGAGAUCCCAGAUUAAAGAUUUGCAGCUCCAAAAUCAGAAGGUAGGGCUGACAGGAACCAUUGAUCUAUUAUCAAACAUGACUUCUUUGUACAGUGUUAACCUAGGAUUCAAUCAAUUUACAGGCACCAUCCCGGAUUUAUCUAAUUGCAAAAGUUUGAAAUUAUUAGACUUGAGUAGCAAUAAUCUCACAGGAGUUUUCCCGUCAUCUCUAGCUUCUCAUCCUAGUUUAGUAGUCAUUAUCGUCAAUGACAACAAGUUGCAGGGUCCUUUCCCUGCUUAUAUAUUCAUCCAUAAGUUAACCACUGUUGAGAAUAAUAAUUUCUGCACAAACACAGCAGACUCGUGUGAUAGUCAAGUUACAAUAUUGCUUGAGAUUGCGAGCGCUUGGAUGUAUCCUUAUGAGUUAUCCGUAGCUUGGGAAGGAAAUGAUGCAUGUAGAAAUUGGUCAUUUGUGACAUGCGACUCGGAGAAAAGUAUUACGAAAAUCAGUCUUCAGAAGCAACGAUUGCAAGGAACAAUUUCUCCAUCAUUUGCUGAUCUAACUGCGUUACGGUAUCUCAAUCUAAAUGACAAUAACUUGACAGGUCCUAUCCCUAAGAGCUUGGUGAAGUUACCUAACCUUGAAGUCCUGGAUGUUUCCAAUAACAAUCUCUCUGGGAUUAUCCCUACUUUUGCACCAUCGGUGAAGCUAAUAACCAGCGGAAAUGACUUGCUAAUUCCAAGUAGAACAGGCAAUACAUCUGAUUUCCCUCCAGAGGGUAUGACACCUUGUCUACUUCGAUUUGUAGUGAACAUAUGA